CUCGUAUUGGAGCGCCUUGCGAAGCAGGCGGGCUGACGACAAGACAAGAAGCGCUGCGACGACGACCGAAGAGGGCCUACGUGGAUGGUAGCAUGCAAUUAACCGACAUCAAUCAGCAACAGAUCUCCCACUCGACAAGGAGUGAUGGGGGAAGGAAUCACGUGACCCUUCUUCCUCCACAUUCCCAACCCUCGUCCACCACCGCCCCUGUCUUGUCGUCUCCCUCCCUCUUGUGGCCGGCGCCGGCCGCAAGCCUCACGACCCUUGAGAAUGACCUCCACGAUGCAAACACUCAUGCGUUGCUGUGUCGACCCCAUAACACAUUAGUCACCAACCUUACGACUACACACCCGACCACUACUGCGGCGGCAGGUGUCGGCGGGCUUCCUGCAGCAGCAGGUCUCCUGCGGAAAGCUACCGACGCUUCCUCCAAGCCAAUCGACAACCCGUUUGAAUCUUGGUAUCGGGCCAACAAACCUCGGCGGCUUGCCCCCCGACGAGCCGCGUCCUCGAUCUCGUGUUCCACGACGCAGUUGGGUGACGUUCCGCCGCCACCGGCUUCUUCGAUGCUGUCCUUCUCAUCGUCCUCCUUUCCGUCUAUGAGCGUUGGUGGCGGUGACUGCACCGACAACGAGGAUGACUACAAUGAGCCGCGUCCCAUGGAGGUGCUCGCUGGUCCGUCGAAUGCAAGGCGACACAAGGCCGUGGACGAUGCGCAGCGCCAUUUUCGAUGCAUGGACAUGGCGUGCAUGAUGGACGUGGACGACGACUUCGAGCCGCCGCCGCCCGUGCUCGUCCGCGCCCAAGCGCAACUGCUGCUCCACUGCGAACACGUGGACCUCACGUGUGAAAAGUGCGGCAGCGUGGAGCGAGUCGCCAUCUCCUAUUAAGUUAUUUCAUCGAUCGAUACGCACCAGUAACAACACAGAGAACACAAUACUACAGUACCUAUUUGUCGUACCUAUAGCAUAAAAAGGUAAAAAAUACCAUUCAGGUCUGUUGGAAGAAUAUAUUUAAAUAUUGCAGGGGUUGUUUAUAUUUUUUAGUUAAUUUUCGAUUGUUUUGAAGUAAGUAUAUAUGAAUAUAUUGACGUGG